AUGCACCUACGCUCGUACGUUGUCAAAGUCAUCAAGCCGAUGAAAGAGCAGGGUGACGGAGGUUUCCUCCACUCAGCAUACCUCAUUCUUCAACUCCUCCAUGCUCCUCCUAAGAAUAAGCAGCCUACACAAGACAACAACACACCAGUUAGCACAUACAGUGGCACAAACAGCAAAGUGAAAACCACAUUAGAAAACAACAACAGCAUUGAUGUCAACUCUGAUAUCAACAACCAAGAACAACACAACAACAACACAACAACAACACAACAACAGCACAACAACAGAACAACUAUGAUCACAAAAGCAGCAAGAUGCAUCAUGAACAUAACAACACCAAUCCGCAACUUAACAACGAAUAAUGUAGGAACAUGCAUACCAUCACAUCAAUCUCACAACAACAACGAAACUUGUCUGCUGAUAAUUCCUCGCAUGUUUUCAGUGGCGGAUCCAGGGGGCGUGAGAGCGUUAGUUGUGUUGAAAGAGUUCAAAGUUUCAACGUGA